AUGUCAUCAAGAAAAGAAAAUAAAGAAGAUCGUGCUGAUAAAAGAGACAAGAGAGAUAAGCGAUCUCGUAAGAGAGAUAGAGAUGAUCAAGCAUCAACUCCAAGUGAAAAUACUACUCCUGUUACUUCAGAAAGAACAACACCCGAACCUGAUGUCAAGAAACGUAAAGUGAUUGAAGAAAGCGAUAAGAGAUCAGAAAAUGGUGACAUUCCUGAUCACUUGCUUCUUUCUAAUUUCCGAAUCUCUCAAAGUACGAUUGACAACCUUGAAAAGAAGGGAAUCAAGUCUCUCUUUGAUAUUCAAGCAGCUACUUUUGAUACCAUCUUUGAUGGCAAGGACGUCCUUGCUCGUGCUCGUACAGGAACAGGUAAAACAUUGGCCUUUGCUAUUCCAGUUGUCGAACGACUUGCUUUGGAUAAAAACUAUAAGGAACGUCGUGGUCGUGCCCCUCGUGUGCUCGUGCUGUGUCCUACUCGUGAUUUGGCUAAGCAAGUCUGUGGUGAUUUUGAACAAGUUUCUGGAAAUCGUUUAAAGACUCUUCCUGUCUAUGGUGGUGUUCCCUAUAAUGAACAAACAAGCGUGUUCAGAGAGGGCGUUGACGUUGUGGUUGGUACACCUGGACGUAUUUUGGACCAUAUCAAAUUUGGAAACAUGAAGCUGCAUGAUCUCAAGUUUAUCAUUUUGGAUGAAGCAGACGAAAUGCUGGACGCUCGUGGCUUUGAAGAAGACAUGUUUAAUUUGUUAUCAAACAUCCAAGAACAAAAAGAGACCCGUGACUAUCAAACAUUGUUAUUUUCAGCCACUGUCCCUGAAUCUGUCAUGCAAACUAUUCAACGUUUCCUCAAGGAAGAUUAUGAACGUAUUGAUUUGAUUGGUAAUGCAAAGAAUAGAACCAACACCAACAUUCGUCAUAUCGCUAUGCCUUCUUCCUACCACGCCCGUGCAGAUAUUAUUGGUGAUGUAGUCAAUGUAUAUGGUCGUAGUGGAUUAACUGUCAUUUUUUGUGCAACCAAGGCAGAUGCAAACGAAUUGGGUGCUCAUGACAAGAUCAAGCAAGAUGCUGCUGUUUUGCAUGGUGAUAUUGCUCAAGCAUCACGUGAAGCUACUAUGAAAGCGUUCAGAGAAGGCAAAUACAAGUGUAUUGUCUGUACAGAUGUAUUAGCUCGUGGUCUCGAUAUUCCUCAAGUCGAUCUGGUCAUCAACUGUCAACCACCUAAAGAUCCUGAAACCUAUGUUCAUCGUUCUGGACGUACUGGUCGUGCCGGACGUUCUGGUGUGUGCGUUACGUUCUAUAAGCCAGCUGAAGAAGGUCUAUUGUCAUACAUCUCCAAGCGUACUGGUGUUCAAUUCGAGCAACUUUCUGCUCCUCGCCCUGAAGAUAUCAUUGAAGCUACAACUGAAGAUGCGUUCAAGUCCAUUGAUUUAGUGAAGCCAGAUGUGUUACCUUACUUUGAAGAACCAGCCAAGCAGUUGAUUGAAAAGCAUGGUGCUGUUAAUGCUGUAGCUGCUGCAUUAGCCUUCAUGACAGGUUAUCAUCAAGGCGUUCCUAGCCGUUCUUUAUUGACAUCACAAGAAGGGCAGACGACUCUUUUGGCACAAAUAUCCUAUGCGAUCCAGCAUCCUGGAUACAUUCGUAACAUUAUCACUCGUGAAUACCCCGAAUUAGGCUACGAUGAUGUUAAGGGAUGGCGUAUGACACAAGACUCUAUGGGUGUUGUAUUUGACAUCAAAUCAUCUAGAUGUGAAGUAACAGAAGACGGUGAAGUGUUAUUAGUUGGUAGAAGAUGGACAGCUCGCAAUAUUACCCUAAGUGCUCCCAAGUCAUUGCCUCCUCUUCAAGAUCGUGAGGUCAGAGGUGGCGGUGGUGGUGGUUAUAAUAGAGGAAAUAGCUAUGGACGAGGCAAUAGUUAUAAUAACAACAAUCGUUCCAACAAUAGCUAUGGAAAUAAUAACUAUAACAACAAUAACCGUGGCAACUAUGGUAGAAGAAAUAACAGCAACAGCAAUUAUGGUGGCAGACGUUAA